AGGCAGAUUUCUUGAGUUGUUAAACUAAAUUGUUUUUUUAAGACUUCAGGGGCCUUAAUUCUUAGCUGUGAAUCCUAAUAUCUCCCUCACCAAACAAGAUGGCGUCUCCAGCACAGUUGGAUUUCAACCUGCAGCCUCUUCUGGAAGAGCUUGACCAGGAUGAGUUGGGCCAGUUCAAAUCUAUGCUGAGGUCCUUUCCCCUGCACAAGGCAUUCCACCAGCAGGAGCUCCCACAUAUGGAGAUCGAGCAGGCCAAUGGGAAGCAACUGGCAGAAAUUCUCAUCAAAAACUGCCACAGCUACUGGAUAGAGAUGGCAGCGAUCCAUGGCUUUGACAAGAUGAACCGGGUGGAUCUGUCUGAGAGAGCCAAGGAUGAACUCCGGGAUAAAGAAGAUAAAUUUAGGAUUACAUUGAAGAAGAAGUUUUGGGAAAUCUGGAAGAACAACCUUAACCCUGGAGCUGCCGAAAACUUCCGUGUUAUCACCCAGAGAUACAAAAUGCUGAUCCCAUUCUGCAAUCCUAAAAUGCUAACAGGGCCAUUUCCAGACACAGUGGUGCUGCGAGGGCCUGCUGGUGUUGGGAAAACCACACUGGCCAAAGAGUUGAUGCGGGACUGGACACAGGACAAUCUUGCAAAGACCUUCAAAUAUAUUUUCUAUCUCAGCUGCAAGGAACUCAACCACAUAGGGCCGUGCACUUGUGCUGAGCUGAUUACCAAGGACUAUCCUGAGUUGCAGCAUGCCAUCCCAGACGUCCUAGCCCAAUCACGGAAGAUCCUGAUCAUCAUUGAUGGUUUCGAUGAGCUGAGAUUCCCCCCUGGGGCACUGAUCAGUGAUAUAUGUGGUGACUGGAAGAAGCAGAAGCCAGUGCCUGUCCUCUUGAGUAGUUUGUUCAUGAAGAAAAUGUUCCCCAAUGCAACUCUCCUGAUCACCACACGACCCUGGGCACUGAGAGAGCUCCGGUUCUUGGUGGAACGGCCACUCUUCGUAGACAUCGAGGGCUUCUUGGAGGUGGACAGGAGGGAGUAUUUCUUGAAACACUUCCAAGAUGAGGACCAAGCCCUGCGAGCUUUCGACCUAAUGAGGAGCAACACAGCCUUGUUCAGCCUGGGCUCAGCCCCCAUGGUGUGCUGGGUUGUCUGUACUUGUCUGAAGCUGCAGAUGGACAAGGGGGAGGACCCCACACCCACUUGCCAAACUACCACCUCGCUUUUCCUGCGUUUCAUCUGCAGCCAGUUUAUGCCGGCACCUGACAGCUGUCCUGGUCAGUGCCUCCAAGCCCCAGUGAAGGCUCUGUGUCUCCUGGCAGCUGAGGGUGUGUGGACACAGACAUCUGUGUUUGAUGGAGAAGAUCUUGAGAGACUUGGGGUGAAGGAGUGUGAGCUCAGUCCUUUCCUGGACAAGAAUAUCCUUCAGAAGGUCAAGGGCUGUGAAGGCUGCUACUCCUUCAUCCACCUCAGUGUCCAGCAGUUCUUUGCCGCCAUAUUCUAUGUUCUGGGGAGUGAGGAAGAGAAGGAAGACAGGGAGAGCCACAGGGAGGAUAUUGGCAAUAUACAAAAGCUGUUCUCCAAGGAAGAAAGAUUAAAGAACCCCAGCCUGCCCCAGGUUGGGUACUUCUUGUUUGGCCUCUCAAAUGAAAAGAGAACCAGAGAGCUGGAGACAACGUUUGGCUGCCAACUGUCAAUAGAUGUCAAGCAGGAAUUGCUGAGAUGGAAAGUGAAGUCCAAUGAGAACAAACCCUUCUCAGUGAUGGGCAUGAAGGAGGUGUUUUACUGUCUCUAUGAAUCUCAGGAGGAAGAGUUUGUGAAGGAUGCAAUGGCCCAUUUCAAGGAAAUAUCCCUAAAGUUAAAAAGUGAAAUGGACGUUGUACACGCUUCUUUCUGCCUCAAGCAUUGUCAAAAUUUGGAGAAAAUUUCACUGAAGAUAGAAAAAGGGAUAUUUCUGGAGAAUGAUACUUCCUUGGAAUCGGGCUCUCAAGUUGAGAGGUCUCAGAAGGAUCAGCGCAUUCUACCUUUCUGGAUGGACCUUUGUUCCAUGUUUGGCUCAAACAAGAAUCCAAUAUUUCUGGAAAUCGAUCGAAGCUUCCUUAGUGACUCCUCAGUGAGGAUUCUUUGUGAACAAAUGGCCUCUGCCACCCAUAAUCUCCAGAAGGUGGUCCUCAACGAUAUCUUGCCUGCCAGUGCUUAUCGGGACUUCUGCCUCGCUUUCAGUGGUCAAGAGACUCUGACACAUCUGACCCUUCAAGGCAGUUGCCAGAAUGAUGUCCUUCCCCUGUUGUGUGAGGUUUUGAGACACCCAAAAUGUGACCUGCAGUACCUCAGGUUGGAAUCCUGUUCAGCCACCACUCAGCAAUGGGGUGAUCUCUUCUUGGUCCUUGAAAUCAACCAGUCCCUAACAUACCUGAACUUCACAGCUGAUGAGCUCUUGGAUGAAGGUGUGAAGUUGCUAUGUACAACAUUGAGGCACCCAAGGUGUUCCCUGCAGAGGUUGUCGUUGGAAAACUGUCAUCUUACAGAAGCCAGUUGCAAGGAUCUCUCUUCUGCUUUGAUCAUCAACCAGAAGCUGACACACCUGUGCUUGGCAAAGAAUGAGCUUGGAGAUGGUGGAGUGCAGCUUCUGUGUGAGGGCUUGAGUUACCCUGACUGUAAACUACAGGCCCUGGUGCUGUGGAACUGUGGUAUAACCGACAGUGGCUGCAAUCAUCUCUCAAAGCUUCUCCAACAAAAAUCAAGCCUAACACACUUGGAUCUGGGGCUGAAUCACAUAGGAAUUACUGGACUGAAUAUUCUGUGUGAGGCCUUAAAGGAACCAACGUGUAACUUGAAACAUCUACGGCUAAACAUAAAUGAAUCUGAUGCUCAAAUGCAAAAGCUGCUGGAAGAAGUCAAAGGAAGCAAUCCGCAACUGACUAUUGAGAACGACAAACUAAGAUUCCAGGAAAAACUUUCUUCUUAUGACUUCCUUCUCUGAAAUCCCCCUGGAGUCAUUUCUCCUGCAAAGGUGAUAGUGAAUUUCCUACGAGCCUCCUCAGUCAUAAGUUGGUGGCUAGAUGCUAUCUUAGCUUUGGCCUUCCCUCUGGCUUACAUGAAAUGUGCACGAGUCACUUAGCCCUGUUAUGUGUGAAAUAAUCUGUAUCACAAGUAUAUCAAAAGAAAUAAAGGUGAAAGCAGUUACAAACUAAGUUGUACUUAUUAAUGGGUUCUGACAAAACUCGGAAAAAUACCUUAUUUUUGGAGUAUUUUGGGAAAAAGUGACUGAAGUAUUUGUGAUCACACUGAUGCGUUUGCCUUGCUAUUGUGCAGUUCUGGUUGUUCUUGGCCU